CCUCCGCCAGGUGUCACACUCGUCCUCUCGCCGGCUCCUCUCCCCGCCCCUCCGGGAGGCCAGUGCGGAAGCGGAAGAGGCUGCAGGGCCGGGAGCCUCUCGCUAGGCCGGUCGGCUCCUGGGGUCCGUGCCCCCCGCCGCGAUGCCGAGCCCCCGGAGGAACGCGGACGGACGCCCGCUGGCCGCCUCCGCCUCGAGCACCAGCAGCCCCGGCAGCCCGGCCCACGGCGGCGGCGGCGGCGGCGGCGGCCGGUUCGAGUUCCAGUCCCUGCUCGGCAGCCGCGCGCCCGGCGCGGACCCCACCUGCGCCCGGCUGCGCGCGUCCGAGAGCCCGGUGCACCGCCGCGGCUCCUUCCCUCUGGCCGGGGCCGGCCCCCCGCAGGCAGCCCCCGCCCCGCUGCCGGAGGAAGACCGCAUGGACCUGAACCCGUCCUUCCUGGGCAUCGCCCUGCGCUCCCUGCUGGCCAUCGACCUGUGGCUGUCCAAGAAGCUGGGGGUGUGCGCCGUUGAGAGCUCGUCCUGGGGUAGCAUGCGGCCUCUUAUGAAGCUGCUGGAGAUCUCGGGACACGGCAUCCCCUGGCUCCUGGGGACCCUCUAUUGCCUGUCCAGGAGCGACAGCUGGGCCGGGCGCGAGGUGCUCAUGAACCUGCUCUUCGCCCUGCUCUUGGACCUGCUGCUGGUGGCCCUGAUCAAGGGGCUGGUGCGCAGGCGCCGCCCGGCUCACAACCAGAUGGACAUGUUUGUCACCCUCUCAGUGGACAAGUACUCCUUCCCCUCGGGCCACGCCACCAGGGCCGCCCUGGUGUCGCGGUUCAUCCUGAACCACUUGGUGCUGGCCAUUCCGCUGAGGGUGCUUGUGGUCCUAUGGGCCUUCAUCGUGGGCUUCUCCAGGGUCAUGCUGGGGCGGCACAAUGUCACUGACGUGGCUUUUGGCUUUUUUCUGGGCUACACGCAGUACAGCAUCGUGGACUAUUUCUGGCUUUCGCCGCACAAUGCCCCGGUCCUCUUCGUACUGUGGAACCAACAAUGACACCAUCUCAUUCAUUUAUGGCACCGGGAGAUCUGAAGGUUUCCACAUGCGAUGAAGCCGGCGUAAACCAGCGGCAAUUCUGCUUCUCCCUCUAAGGACAUUUCAGGCUUCGUUUGGGAUUUCAGGUGUCAUUCCGUCUUGAUGGGUUGCUACGCUGGAGAACAUGCUGGCCAUUAUGACCACAGCCAUGUUACAGAAAGCAAAAAAAAAAAAAAAAAAGCCCUCUAUUAUAUAUUUAUUCAACAACUAUUUCUAUCUCCAGGACAACUGCAAAGAAAACAAGCUGGGGUGAUUAUAAUCCUGCUGUUUUUUAAAAGUUGACAAAAGUAAAUUUUGGGUUUUGUAGUCAUCCUGUAAGUCAACAUACCAUUUGUAAAGUGAACUUUGGAAAAAAAAAAAAAAAAA